AGGAGAGGAAGGAGGAGAGGGAGGAGGAGAGGUCUCUCCUGGCAGAGCAGAGUGAGGGUUGUGCCAGUGGGGUGCCAGAGGAAGAGGAGAUGGGAGGCAGAGCUGAGGUUCCUGGGGAGAGCACCUUGUAUGCACCAGGAGCCAGCUGUGAACCUGUGUUCCUGGGGGGCAGCAUGGGCAAUGUUCCAGGGCUCCCAGGGGGGAGCACUCCACAGCAGGGCACGGGCAGCCCAUCCCAGCUCCCGCCUGCCAUGGAGGAGAGCACUGCUGGUGCUGGGGAUCCCAGAGGGGAGGGUGACCUGGUGCCUGCUGUAGUGGAAGCAGGCAGCACUUCUGCCUGCACAGAUAGCAGUGCUGGAUCUGAGAGCAGCCCGUGGGAGGGAGCACCUCUGGAAAGCUGUGAGCCCCCAGUGCUCCUAGAGCAGCUGUGCCAUGGUAUAGAGGGGAUCUCACCUGCAUCCUGGGCCAAGGAGCUGGCAAAGCCAGAUGAGGAUGUGGGCUCGCUGCAGAAGCACCAGGAGGCUGAGAAAGAAGAGAGAGGUCUCCACAGCAGCUCCCCUACGGAAGGACAGACCAGUGCCAGUGCUGAAACCCUGAGCCAGACCAGCCCAGGUGCUGAGGAGAGCUGGGAUGUGCUGUUCAACGAUGAUGGGGACUGCCUGGACCCACGCCUGCUGGAGGAGCUCUCAGGGGGUGAGAAGCACCAGGAGAGCCAGCAGUCACCCCGCUUCAACUACUAUCGGGCCGAACCUGCUGCUCCAGACAUCAGCGACGAUGAGCUGCCGCACGUCAUCGAGAUCUACGACUUCCCCGCGGAUUUCCGCACCGAGGAUCUGAUGCGUGUCUUCUGCAGCUAUCAGAAAAAAGGCUUUGAUAUUAAAUGGGUGGAUGAUACGCACGCCCUGGGCAUCUUCUCCAGCCCCAUAACAGCACGUGAUGCCCUCAGCACCAAGCACCUGAUGGUGAAGACGCGCCCACUGUCCCAAGGCACCCGCGCCUCUAAAGCCAAAGCCAGGGCAUUUGCUGAGUACCUGCAGCCAGCCAAGGAGCGCCCUGAAACAUCAGCUGUCCUGGCCAGGCGGCUGGUGAUCGGUGCCCUGGGGGUACGGAGCAAGCAGACACCAGCCCAGCGAGAUGCAGAGAGGAGGAAGUUGCAAGAGGCUCAAGAGAGGAAGCGCCUGGAGAACAAGCAGCGGGAGGAUGCCUGGGAGGGCCGGGACUGAGCCAGGAGGCUGCACUUUCAGCCCAUGUCCCUCUCUGCAGGCGGGCAGAGCACUCAGCGUCUCAGAGCUGGGACAGAUUCUGCACUGUGUCCAAAAGCACUGGGCUGCUUCACCGAGAGGGCUGAGCAGCAUGCAGGCUGGUUGGUGCUGUGGGGAUGCUGUUGCUGUCAGGCAGCACUGCCCACCCUGCCCAGGGCAGAACCCCCAAGGCUGCCAGCCACAGCAGGAGCAGCACCAGGAUGCAGGGAGCUCAGCAGAGAGCAUGGGGGGCUGUGUGAGGUGGCCCUGGCCACCUGGAAGGGCCUUGUGAGUGAGAGUUUCUGUCCUUUAUUUUGCUAAUAAAUGCCAUUUAUUUUA